CCUCCGUCCUCCCUGACUUAUCACGAAUUGGAACCACCACAACACCCCUUUCCCUCGAAGAUGGUCCCUAAGAGACCUGGUUCUCAACAAAGGACGGCGCCAAGCUAUUCCGUCAAGGAAGGGUCUGAAAAUGCUCUGGCUGCCCUCGUCGCUGCAUGUCAACGACAACUCCCUCCUGAAUUUCUCCACCAUUUGCAAAAUGUCGCUUUUACCGCGCCACUAGGCGAUACCGCUUUCAUCCCAUGUCCUCUUAAGGAACAGGAGGCGACAGCCUCCAUCAAAGCCCUCGAGGGCAUGGCCGCCGCCGCCAUUGCAGAUCUUCGGCACGGGUAUCAAGCCCGAAGAGAGAUCGAGGUCGACAUGGCACGUACAGCGUGCUUCUUGAUAUCGGCCUAUCUCACGACAGUCAACGGCAUGGAUAAGGCCCACCCCAAUGUGAAAUCCAAAAUUCCAGAUACCGACUUGAACCAAGCGCAGUCCAUCCUCUACAGGCGUCUCUCGGCAAACCUAUACGAAACCAAGAAUGUCGGCGAAUACUACCACCUCCACGGGUCACUCGAGGCUUCCAAGGCCCUGAACAUGAUUGGCCUGCCCGCUUUCAACCCGGAGCUUCAGGGCUACGACGAGUGUAUUCAAAUCAUCGAGGCCGCGAUGAAACGCUUCACUGUGCAAGAACUGGAUGACAUGAACCGCAAAGAAGGCCAGGCCGGGGUUCCAGUGCUCAAGAAGGAACAAUUUCUAGACACGCCGCACGGCAAAGCGCUCGAGCAACUUCCACCCCUGACCGUCAAGUCGAUCGAGUCCACCACGCCACCAGCCCCCUUCGAGUCCCAGCACAGUACUUCGCGGGCCGAGCAGUGCCUCAGCGGGAUCAGAGUACUGGAACUCUGCCGUGUAAUCGCUGGCCCGACCAUCGGCCGUUCUUUGGCGGCCCACGGCGCUUCGGUCCUCAAGGUGACCUCGUCACAACUUCCAGACGUCCCCUUUUUCCAGGUAGACGUCAACACGGGAAAGCAUACCACUUCCCUACACCUGAAAGACCCGAAAGACCGCGCCACAUUCGACUCGCUCCUCGCCAGCGCGGACGUCAUCCUGGACGGCUACCGACCAGGCGUCGUGGACCGCCUGGGCUACGGACCCGAAAAACUGGCCACCAUUGCCGCAAAACGCGGCAAGGGCUUCGUGUACGUCGCAGAAGACUGCUUCGGCGGAUCGGAGUUGGGCGCGGCGGAGGCGGAGUGGGCAGGGCGCCCGGGAUGGCAGCAAAUUGCGGACUGCGUCACCGGCGUCGCCUGGGAACAGGGUCACUUCAUGGGUCUGGACGCGCCCGUUGUGCCCCCCUUUCCCAUGUCCGACUAUGGCACCGGCGCUCUAGGCGCCGUUGCCGCAAUGGCGGGCUUAUACAGGCGCGCGACGGAGGGCGGCUCGUGGGCCUGCCGGACCAGCCUGUGCCAAUACGACAUCUUCCUCUUGUCGUUGGGCGCGUAUUCGCCCGAGGUCCAGGCCCGCCUGCGCAAGACGCACGACCCGGCCUUCUUCGACCUCAAGCACCACGACUCCGUGGACGAGGUCAGCAAGCGGGCCCUGCGCAGCGUGAAGCGUCUCCAUCCGGGCCUUUUCUCGGAGGAUCUGAUGCACACUGCGUGGAGCCAAGGGUUUGAUGCGGAGGUGAGGUGGCCGAGGGAGGCCGUGAGGGUUGAGGGGCUGUGGGUCGGGCACAACCGGGCUUCGAGACCUAACGGGGCCGAUGCGCCUUCGUGGGAGGGUUGGGAGGUGCAAGAUGAAAUUGUCAGGGCAUGGUGACUUCUCGAUGAGUAAUGAUGAUACGGCCUGGUUGAUACCUAAGAGGAGCAUUUAGGGUGCGUAAAGGAAGACACGUAGAUCACGACACAAAGACAUCAUGAUACCAGUUGCAUGAGAGGCUCUCCUCCCGAAUGGCCAAGAUAUAAACAAGGCCGCGCAGUCGGAGCUCGGAACAUGUAGCUCGUCGUCGGCAUAAAUGGGAUCGUUUCUCU